AUUGCAUUUGCCAUGCUUCGCUGUGGCAUCAUGCGGCGGGCAGGUGGCGUCCUGUCGUCGAUGCAGCACCGCGCAAUGUUCUCAAUCAGUCCACGACAGCUGGCAGCUCGUGAAGCGGAAGUUCUUCAGACGCUCAAGCUGGUCAAGGACGACUUGGUGGGACAAGACUUGAUCACACUGGGACGUGUCAAAAACUUGGAGAUCUCCGACGAGCAUGCCGUGUCCUGCACCAUUGACUCUCCAUCUCCCGUCUUGUUGCAGAAUCAAGAGUGGAUCACGCAAGCCACGGACCGCAUCAAGGCGUUGUCGUGGGUCACAGGUGCCAACGUGGCUCUUUCGCAUCCGACCCCAAGAAACAUCCAAGCGACUCGCUCGUCCUCUCUCGCAAAUGUCGGCAACAUCAUCGCCGUGUCCAGUUGCAAAGGCGGCGUCGGCAAGUCCACCGUCGCCGUCAACUUGGCGUUUGCGUUGAAAAAGCGUGGGGCUCGUGUGGGCAUUCUGGACGCCGACAUCUACGGCCCCAGUUUACCCACAAUGAUCUCGCCCCCCGACGUGGCUAUCCGCAAGUCGACAGUGAAUCCGCAUUUCGUGCGUCCGGUCGAGUACCAAGGCGUGCAAUGCAUGUCCUUUGGCUUCGUCAACAGCAAAGCCGCGCCCGGCGCCGGUGGCAAAGGCGCGGCAGUGAUGCGUGGGGCCAUGGUGUCCAAGGUCAUCGACCAGUUGGUGCUGGGCACAGAAUGGGGGGUGCUGGACUACUUGGUGAUCGAUAUGCCCCCUGGCACUGGCGAUAUCCACAUGUCGCUGGCCCAGCAAGUGGCCAUCACGACCGCUGUCAUAGUUACGACACCGCAGAAACUCAGCUUUGUGGACGUGGAGAAGGGCAUUUCCAUGUUUGAAGACCUCAAGGUAGAUAGAUACCAGCCAAACAGUACGAAGAGGGUAAAUCCAGUUGAUAGGUGCCGACGUCUGCCGUGGUGGAGAACAUGUCGUAUUUUGACUGCGUUCACGGCCACCGCCACUACCCCUUUGGUUUGUUCGUUAUCUAUCGAUCGUUCAUUUGUUCAACAUUGACUGGGUUAGGCCAUGGCUACUUGACCACCCUGCAAUCACGCUACAGCAUUCCGCACACGUUUCAAUUGCCCAUGGCCGAUGCCAUGAACAUCAGCGUCGACACGGGCAGUCCGGUGGUGUUGAGCGACGCGUUGCCAACUGUGACGGCCGUGUACGACGACUUGGCGACCACCGUGGCCCAAGAGUGCGUGAAGCUCAAGCACUUGGCGCGCGUGGCACCAGAGCUCUUGUUUGACAAGACCCGCGGCAUGGUCCUGCGCUUCUUCUCCACUGACAGCGCCGAGGAAAUCGUGCUGUCGCCCGUGGACCUACGCGCGAGGUGAAUGGUGGAGACCUCAUGACAUCUCACGGGUAUGGUGCUCUAGAUGUCGAUGUGCACAAUGCAUCGAAGAAUUCACGGGGAAACAGGUACUGUACAGCUGUACUCCGUCAGAGUAAGAGGGGGAUGGGAGGUUGAGGUUGAUGUUGUGUGGUAUAGAUUUUGGACCCGACUACGAUCCAAGAGGAUAUUCGACCGACUGCUGUGCAGCGAAAGGUAUAUAAGAUGGACGUUGCGUGCAGUUGUGCUGACGAUGUUGGGCUGUUUAUGUUGAAGGGCAACUACGCCUUUGCCGUUGUGUGGAGCGACGGCCACUCGUCGUCGUUGUACACGUUCGAACAUUUGCGGCAACUGGCCAAGGAAGUCCAAGACGACGCCGCUUAAGCCACGUCGAGCGAAACGCCUGGCUUUAACCUUGAUAAUGGAAUGUUCACGUCACAUGAGUGCGUGAUGCGAAGCAUGAAGUCGCGCCUCCAUCGAAACGUGUGUCCUGCAAGUUGACUUUGGCCGUCGUUCGCCCCAUGAACUUCCUCAUGAAGGCUCCUUGGACUAGUGCACCUCGCCCUCACAACUUUCUUCGUGCGUUGCCACCUUCGUCACUCAACGGCACCGCACCCAACGGAAUCUGCCGUCUGUUUUCAAACUCCACCACUCC